AUGUCGAAAGUCAUCCCCAUAACCUCCCAACAACACUUCAAAUCCCUCGUCGCCUCCUCCACCUACGUCGUGGUCGACUUCUACGCCGACUGGUGCGGGCCCUGCAAAGUCAUCAGCCCCGUCUUCGAACAACUCGCCAACCAAGAAGCCAAGCCAGGCCGCCUGACCUUCUGCAAAGUCAACGUCGACAACCAGCGGGAUGUAGCGGCGACGUACGGGAUCUCGGCCAUGCCAACAUUCCUCGUCCUAAAAGGCACCAAAGUCAUCGAAACCAUCCGCGGCGCCAACCCCUCCGCCCUGCGCUCCGCCAUCCUCUCCGCCGCCGCCGACGCCGCGCGCGGCCCCGCGAAACAAAGCGCCUCCUUCUCCGGCAAAGGCCAGACGCUCGGCGCAGAAGGCAGACCAGCAGCGGCAGCAGCAAGUUCCUCAGUCCCGAGUCUGCCGAAUCUCAAUGUGGGCCAGCUGCUCACGGCGCCGGCGGCUUUCGCGCAGGGGAGAGGGUUUCCGCAGCUGAUUGUGAGGUUCUUGGGUCUGUACUUCUCGACGCUGUUUAGCUUUGAUCCGAUGCGGACGGCGGAGGAGAGCCCGUUUGCGGUGAGGAGGGGGAGUGCGAAUGUUAAGACGAGGUGA